CGUUCACUGUUGUACAAAGUGGAACCUUGAAAAUAAUUAUUUUCUUAUUACUAUUUGUAUUUUUCGAAACAUUUAUCGUACCUAGUGUCUCCUUUUGCAAUAAUGAACAGGGGCCUUGGACACAACCCUGUCCAAAGUGGAUUCCCUCUGGAGGUCUCGACCCCUCUGGGCCAGGGGCGCGUUAACCAGCUUGGCGGGGUUUUCAUUAACGGACGACCACUUCCCAACCACAUCCGCCACAAGAUCGUGGAGAUGGCCCACCACGGGAUUCGACCGUGCGUCAUCUCCCGACAGUUGCGGGUCUCUCACGGCUGCGUGUCCAAGAUUCUCUGCCGCUACCAGGAGACUGGCUCCAUCCGGCCCGGAGCCAUCGGAGGCAGCAAAGCAAAACAGCAGGUUGCCACGGAGGACGUGGAGAGGCGGAUUGCUGACUUCAAGCGGGACAAUCCUGGGAUCUUCAGCUGGGAGAUCCGAGAGAAGUUACUGAAGGAUGGGCUGUGUGACCGGAGCUCGGUGCCCACAGUGAGCUCCAUCAGCCGGGUGCUGCGAGCUCGGUUUGGGAAAGACGAGGAUAAAAAAGAUGAAGAGGAGGAGAGAAGGACCAAACACAGCAUCGAUGGGAUCCUCGCUGACAAAGGCAGUCGCUUGGAAGAAUCGUCCGACGUGGAGUUAGAGCCUGACCUGCCGCUGAAAAGAAAGCAGCGCCGGAGUCGAACCACGUUCACCACAGAUCAACUGGAGGAGCUGGAAAAAGCGUUUGAAAGGACUCACUACCCAGAUAUCUACACCAGGGAGGAGCUGGCCCAGAGAACCAAACUCACAGAAGCUCGAGUCCAGGUCUGGUUUAGCAAUCGAAGAGCUCGGUGGAGAAAACAAGCCGGUGCCAGCCAGUUAGCAGCUUUCAAUCACCUCCUGCCAAAUGGAUAUCCUCCUCCAGGGAUACCCGCCUCGUCGUAUCAACUUCCAGAGCCCAACUACGCCAACGCAGCUUUAGACAAUUGUGGUCCGGUCCACCGGCCACAGCUUUUACCACCGUCAUCUGUGCAUCAAAAUGGUAUCUCCAGCACGGUCAGCAGUUCCACCUACAGCCUCUCAAAUCGUCAUGGCUUCCCCAGCUACUCUGAUACCUUCAUGACAUCCCCGGCACCUAACAACUACAUCCCUGCCGUCGGCAGCAGUCUCUCACCACAGGUGAUGAGCAUCCUCAGUAACCCAACUGGGGUUUCAUCACAACCGGCACACGACUUCACUCUCUCACCACUCAACAGCGCCUUGGAGAGCAGCCCUCCCAACAUCGUCUCCACCUGCUGCAGUCAGCGCUCAGCAGAACCUACCUUCAAGACGGUGGAACGGCUCCCGGCAGCCCAGUCCUACUGCCCUUCCACUCAGAGCAGUAGCUGCUACAGCGUGGAACCAGCUGUGACAACCACUUUCCAGUACGGACAGACUGCGAUGGAUUAUUUGGCCAAAAACCUGUCGAGCCAGCGCAGGGUGAAGCUGGCUGACCAUUCUGCUGUACUUGGACUGCUGCAGGUGGAGACCGGCCAGGCCUACUAGCGUCACCACGUGUUUGAGUUUGAUAUUGUCAGCUGUUGGUAUUUAUGUUUUGUCAGGAAUAUAUGGGUGUAUCUAAACCUAAUUAUGAUGUUUUGAAAUUGUCUGCCA